GAGCAAAAUGGCGUCUGCCGCAGAAGACGAUGAUGCUUGGUUGUACGGUGAUAACGAUAAAACGGACGCUGGUGCAACGAAUGAAAGAAGCAGUGAUUCGAAGUUACAGGUGGAUGAGUCAGCACUUUUGCAAAAUAAAGAUGAAUCGCAACAGGAUGACAGAGAAGCCGGAGAGCUUAGCUGCGAGGACGAGCAGGGCCAGCAGUCAGAGGGUCCAGCCACAGACCCCGUGGAGGUCGAUGGUGAAGCAAAAGGCCCAAGUGCCGAGGCCGACAAGAACGGCGACGCUGGAGAUGGAGCAGAUGAGGACGAGGAUGACGACGAUGAUGACGACGACGAUGUCCAGGUGACGAUACGAGACAUCAAGGCCCCCCCAUACAGCACCUACCCAGGACCAACCCAGACGGUGAACCUGAACAUCAAGCGGGGCCCACCAUUCACCAGCAAUCUGGGUCCUGGCUCGGGGGUACCAGGGGUAGGCAAGACCAAGGGCCUCGAUGUAGAUGAGGUGGCGCUCAUCAAUGGAACAUCCAUUUACGAAUUCAACAUAGAGUCCCUAGAGGACAAGCCUUGGCGCAAGCCAGGUGCUGAUAUCACCGACUACUUCAACUACGGCUUCAACGAAGACACAUGGAAGAUCUAUUGCGACCGGCAGCGUAAGCUCCGGUCGGACAACAAUGUGCCUAUCAAGGAAUGGCGGACGGGGAGGAACGAAGUGCCCCAAGCACAUGUGUUUUUGGGCGAUGCCCCACUGGCCUGGCAGCAGCAGAGGCAGCAGCAGCAAGGGCCCCUUCCUCCUGAACCUCUGCUGCCGCAGGUGCCCAUCCCACCGGUAAACGAGAACAGCAAGUACACUGGCGUGGUCAUAGGCGUCCCCCCGCCCCUGCUGGGCUCCAAGAAGGCGGGGCCCCCACCGGGGCGCAAGAUGUCCGGCAGCAUCGACGUCAUUGGCGGCGGCGCCCCGUCCUUGCCAAGUCGGCGACCGGGCGCCGCCAAGGAAGGGGUCAUUCAGGUGAUCGGCGCCGGGGAGCAGCCUUUGGGCGGCAUCACGCUGCCACCGACGCACAUGCCGCCACCAGGGCUACAUGGGCAUGGGCCUAGAUGGGCUCAGCGUGCCCCCGCCCAUCCCAGGCAUGAUCCCAGGUGUCCCACCACCAGGCUACGAGACAGGCGCCUUCCCACCACCACGGUUCACGCACCCGCGCCGCCGCUGCCGGGAAGUGCCAGCGGAGGUGGCCCCAGCGGGGAUCGCGGCUCGUCGUAUGGAGAAGAUGGCCGAUCGUCCUACUACAACGGUGCCAGCGGGUAUGGCCAGUCGUACGGGGACGACGGUGGAGGCAGUGGUGGCGGGGGCUCCUGGUCGGGCCGGGAACGCAGUGAGCGCGGCCAUGGCAGCGAGCGUGGGGACCGUAGCGAUCGAGAGCGCGAACGGGACCGCGAGCGGCCCUCGUCGCGCCGGGAAUACGACGAUGAGGAGCGGCGUGAGUCACGACGCUACCGCGAGUACUACCGCGAGCGGGAGCGAGAACGCGACAGGGACCGGGAGCGGGACCGGAGAGAACGAGGAGGAGGCAUUGAGGACGAGUACGAGGAGACAUCGUCAUCGUCGCGCUACGAGCGGCGGCACCGCGAGCACCGUGGCGACAAGGAGGAGCGAGAGAGGCAUCGGUCGUCGCGCCGCCGUCACCAUCGGGGCGGUGACGAUGAAGAGGAGGAAGAGCGGCGCUCGUCCAAGCAUAAGCACAAGAGGUCCAAGAAGGAACGGCCGCCUGUCGAAGAGGCCGAGGCGCCUUCUGGCGAGGCUGGGGGUGCGUCUGAGGCAGCUGGUGAUGAUUCGAAGGCUGACUGACAUCCUCCGCCAGACGGUGAAAGUGUACAGUUUUGGCUGAAUAGUGUCUUGGAGCAGCAGGUGAAACAUUGACAAGCUUGGAGCAUUUCCAGAGGCGCUGGGAGAGAGUCUUGCAGUGCAGCAGUCUGCUUAAAAUGCAGUAGAAACGCUGUGCCUAGCAUGGAGUAACGAAGACGAGGCAUGGGUACCAGUGAUGUGUUUGUGUGCGAUUUGCUUCUACAGCUGUUACUACCCUACGCAGUUGCCAUCUUCACUUGUGCUUGCUGUAGGGAACUUGCAUGAAAUGUUGUGGCUACCACGGAGUCUCAUUCACAGCUUCUACAGCACUGCCAGAAAUAUGUUUGAAAUAAGUGAAUCAGAUUAGGGCCCCAAUGGCAGUCUCAGUGAAUUGUCAAAUUGGUUGCAGCUGCUAUGUUCUAUGCAAGCUCCCUUUACCUUUUAUGUAUACAUGCACAGUUAGCAAUUGUUAGGGGAGCAUCAGCAGUGGUGGUGGAACGAUAAUAGGACAUCGAAGAGUGAUAAUGGUAGUCUAUGCUAAGACAUAUUUGCAGGCAGUGUAUGUUUGCUAUCUUUGGCUUCACGUUGGUCAUCAAAUCUGUUUCACCAUGUAUGGAGCUGACAGCUGUAUUCUGGAAAGUCAUUGCAGUGUCUCUGGCUGUGUCAGGCUUGUCAAGACCUUGAAUGUGGUUGCAAGUCUUUGAGAAACUCACCACAGAAUGUGUACAAUGCCUGCUGUCUAAUUAGUUGUGGUUAAGCAUUAAAAUUAAGCACAUUGUUCACUUAAUUGAAGAAUUCCAUGAAACUUUCACUGCAUUUCCAAAAAUUUUUGUUUAGUAACUAUUGCCUUGCCUUUCUUGAAUUUUGGCUUAGCAUGUCAGGAGUUCAUGUUCAGCUGCACACCUUCUUUUUGAAAUCCUGUGCUAUGCAGCACAGAUGAUGUCUGCCACAGGCCGUCAGUGCUGUUGCACAUUUCUUCUUGUGGUAUUUUGGGUGAUAACGUUGAAAAGAAGCUUUUGUUAUUUUUGUUUAUUGGAUUUAAUGGGAAAUAUUAACGGCCUGUUGUAAAUGUAUACUUGAAAUGUGUGCUGCCAAGUUAAUGUUUUCUUAGAUACCACAAUUUUCUGCAUUAUGUCUUGAUUUUAAUUUCAAAAAAAAAAAAAAAAGUCUUAUGUGCCUAGUUAGCCUAAGUUGUAACCUUGGAAAUUUGUGCAUAGCUACCUUGUGCACGCAAGGGUGUCGAACAAAAGUUCACGUUUCUGUACAACCUGGAAAUUAGUUUUGCCAUGUAGUAGUGCAUAUGCAUAUGAAAGCUUCAUGACAAUUCUCUUGAGUGAAUGACAUACGUCUGAUUCAUUUUCUUUUUUGGCUCUUCCGUUGUACAGCGCUCACAUUCUAGCUUUGUUAUCGGCCCUCAUGCACAUGUCCAAUACAAAGGUCAAACUAUCUUUCUAUGUUUAUUUGCGUGGCAGUAAUUGGCUUUCGGUACUUGUUAAUCGGGCAGUUGCACUCAUGCAAAUCUAGGGUGUUUAUGAGCAUCUGCUGCUUUUGUCUACAGGAACAGCAUUAAUGUCAAGUUGAAAGCCAAGCCAUACUUUGUUGUCAUUUGCACACAAACUUUCAAAAGUGUGUCACGGAUGUCAUUGUACUGUGCAAUUCGAAUGGUUUCAUGCAAUGCCAAAAAAAAAAAAAUACCUUCUUUUUAAGAAUUAUACUUCUGGGCAUACAGCAGCCAUACAUGUUCAAGAUAUAAGGUGUGUGAGUCAGUUUUUCAAGCAGCAUAGGUUAAUGCUUGAUGGCAGUUCAGUGCCUCAGGUUCUCACUCCAUGCCCAUCUGUGCUGAUAAGAGUGUCAUCAGUGUUUAGCCAAUUUGCAGACUUCCUUGCCAUUGGCUUCACAUACCGGCCUCACAUGUCACAUUUCAUUAAUCACCCAACUGUUGAUGUCAGACUCAUUCUCUUCUGAGCCUGUUUUCCUUGAAGUGAGAUAAAAAUAAACUUCAUUACAAUUAAGUGA